AUGGCUUCCAAAGAAGAUGGAAAAACUUCUAAAGAAAAGGUGUCUUAUAAGUCAUCCAAAACUCAAGCAACUGGACCUUCCACUGUAGCAGGCACAUCAUUACCUCGACUUGCUAUGGAUGUAUCAAACUAUAUUGCACUUCUUAAAACUCAGGUACAACCUCAAGAAGUUGGUGUCAUUUUUGAAUAUUUGCAAAAAUGCCCACUGACAUAUCCACUCUUAACUACUUCUCCAACUCCACAGUCUCUUAUUUCAGACGUCUUUCAAUCUGUAGCUAUAUCGCUAAGAGCAAAGUCAAAAAAGCUUGAUGUUGAAUUUAACCUUUGUCGAACUAACUUGGUUCUCACUAAAGAAGAGUUCGCAAUUUCUUUAGGUCUAAGCGAUUGUUUAUGUAAACCUUCAACAUUUGUCACAACUUCUUCUGCUCAACUGUUGACAAUGUUCAAGGAAAUGAGAUACAAAUUUAAAGAAAAAGUUGAACCAAACCUUUCAAGAAUUAAGAAAGCUCGACUUCCCACGCCAUGGCACUUUCUCAGUUUCGUCCUCACUCGAUGUUUUUCGGAUCUGUUGGUGGACGCAGUCGUGGUAAAAGAGAUCUUUGGAUUGUCAUGUAUGGACUUUUCUAUGAUAUCAAUGUCGACUACAUGUCCAUUGUUUGGGAAGACUUCCUCACCUUUAUUCCUGCCUCAAAAAAUAAGUUUUUGA